AUGACACAUUUAAUUAUUUCUGUUUUAGAUGCUCCAAGAAAUGUAGUGGUGUCCAUCAGUCCAUCUGGUGAAAUAGUGGAGGGAGAUUCAGUGACUCUGAGCUGCAGCAGUGAUUCAAACCCACCUGCAGAAAUCAGCUGGUUUAAAGGAGGAACAAUUGUAGGAUCUGGAAGAAUAUACAGCAUCUCAAACAUCAGCUCUGAUCACAGUGAAGAAUACAAGUGCAAGUCCAGAAAUCAACAUGGAGAGACAUACUCUGAUGCUGUGACUUUAAAUGUCAUGUACCCUCCAAAAAAUGUCUCAGUGUCCAAAAAUGGAUCUGGUGAAAUAGUGGAGGGAGAUUCAGUGACCCUGAGCUGCAGCAGUGAUUCAAACCCUCCUGCAGAAAUCAGCUGGUUUAAGGAGAAUCAAAGCUCAGCUGUUGGAUCUGGACAGAGUUUCAGUGCACUACAGAGUGGACGCUUCUACUGUGAGGCUCACAAUCAACACGGAUCUCAGAGAUCAGAUGCUGUUGCUGUCACUGUUAAAGAGCAUCACAUAUCCAGUUGGCAUGCAGUUUUUGGGAUCAUAGUGGAAUGUGGAGUAUCAUUAAUCAUUGUUACCAUCACUAUCAUCAUCAUCAUGUUCAUAAUAAAGAAACUAAGGAGUUUUAAAUCUGAAUACAUCACAAUGACACAGAUCAAAUGA